AUGGUGCUUUGUGCUAAAUCAGCGCUGGCUAAAUACGCUCAUGUUUGUGUUGUACGCCAGGGGGCGCAGAUGGUCAUUGCAAGCAAAAUGGCGGAAAGCAAUGACUUGUCAGCAUCCCAAACAGAGAAACUGCUACAAUUUCAGGAUCUCACGACGAUAGAAGACCUCGAAAGGUGUAGGGAAAUACUGGACAGGCACAAUUGGGACCUUGAGGUCGCUGUUCAGGACACCUUAAAUAUCCAGGAGGGUUCACCGUCUGUCUACUCACCACCUUCUAAUCGGCAACCAUCGGUUGUGGUCGAUCACGCGGACCAAAGGUUCUUCUACUCUGUCCAGAGCUGGCGGCCCAGCGGUCUUCUAGGAUGGGGCAAAUUCAUCAUCACCUUCCCCUUCUGCUUCUUCUACAGCACCUUGUUAAACAUCAUGCGGUAUGCGUGGAGGAUCAUUUGGCCAGGACCAAGAAGAUUGGGCACAGAUCCCCUAGCUGAUGUGUUGAACUUUAUCCAAAGCUUUGAGACCAGAUAUGGGAGCAGUCAUCCAGUCUUCUAUCAGGGCACAUACAGCCAGGCCCUGAAUGACGCAAAGCGCGAGCUGAAGUUUCUUCUCAUCUACCUGCAUGGCGAUGACCACCAGGACACGCCAAACUUUUGCAGGGAUGUGCUGUCGUACCAGCCACUGGUGGACUUAAUCAAUGGUAACAUGCUCUUCUGGGCGUGUUCUGUCAACUACUCCGAAGGUUACCGAGUGUCGCAGGCACUGCGGGAGAACACAUACCCAUUCCUGGCGAUGAUAGUUCUGCGGGACCACCGUAUGACGGUGGUCGGCCGCCUCGAGGGCCUCAUGGAGCCGGACACGGUCAUUGUGCGACUGCAGCAGAUCAUGGCCGACAAUGAGGCUGCCCUCAUAACAGCUCGCAUGGACAGGGACGAGCGGUCCUUGACGCAGAGCUUGCGGCAGCAGCAGGACGAGGCGUACCAGGCCUCGCUGCUCGCCGACCAGGAGAAGGAGCGGCGGCGCCUUGAGGAGGUCAGGCGGCAACAGGAGGAACAGCAGCGCCAGCGGGAGCAAGCCCUUCAGGAGCAGCAGAAGAAAGAGGAGAUUCAGCGCAUGAAGCUGGAGCUGGUGGAUCAGAUCCCUGAAGAGCCACCAGAUUCAGACCCUGGGAGCAUUCAUCUCGUCAUCAAGCUGCCAACAGGAACACGUCUUGAGAGGCGGUUCAGGCGGUCACAGUCACUCAAGUAUCUGUACUUCUACGUAUUCUGCCAAGCGGAUGCACCCAACAGCUUCGAGAUCAUCACGAACUUCCCACGACGGACACUGCCCUGUGAGCCGACGCGUGAGUGCCCAGAGCCGCCGAGUUUUGCCGAGCUUGGACUUGGGAAGACAGAGACUGUGUUUGUCCAUGACCUGGAGGCGUGAGCAUCACCCCCUUCGCAAGACUGCGCCCCACCGCCCUAGGUUUUUUUUCUUUCUCUUGCCACUGCCGCUGCUGCUGGUUCUCAUUAUUCUUCUCCUGCUGGCAUAAGCUGGUAACUGUUGGCUGCACGCAACAAACAGGCCUAUUUUUCAUCAUCGUUCUGGCCGUUAGUCGUCGUCGUCGUCACGAGACCUCGUUCACUCUCGUACCAUGCGCAGUUACAACUGUGAGUUCAUUCUUGGGCCGUCUUGGAGCAGUCUACUUUAAAAAAAAAAUUUCAGGGUAUGGGGUAAGUGUUUGCUAUUAAAAUCCCUACAGGGAACUCUGGCAAUGUGUUCGUUCCGCUACCAUGGGAAUUAUGGUUAGUACACGGAUUUGUCUGAUCUUCGUACUUGUGGCUUUGUUUACUCUGCUUUAUCUGCCUUUAUUGGUCGAAAGUUCGAAGCAAUGUUAUUUUUCUAAAUACACUUGGAAAUAAGACUCUGCGGACAUGCAUGAUCGCUGCGAAUUGUGUCAUAACUCAAUAGUUUUUUUUGGUAACAAUCAGUAUCAAAGUCUUUGCAAAGCUGUUCGAAGCCAGAAGGAUGGGCAUAUUUGUGUUCUAACCACGAUUCAUGUGGUGGCUGAACGGCCGUUCUUGCCGCUUCCAUGGAAACUAGUGCCGGAGUUCCCUAUAAUAAUGUUUGCAGGAAACUGUAUGGGGCAAAGGGCAGGGAACAAACACUAUGGAGUUCUGUGCGCAAAUGCAUCACGAGAGGCUGCCGAAGACCCAUGUGCGCAUUUUCUUUGUUUUAGUCUCCUUUUGUAGUCUCCUUUCUGCAGUUUUGCACCAUCUGAAUCGUAUAUCAAUGUUCUGCUAGGAAGGCAUCGCAGGUCAGACCCAGCUGCUCUGCCAAUGAUAGUUGCCACUUGUGAACUGGCAUGUGUUGUUAUAACGAGCCUCUUACUUUUCGCUGACUGUGCUUUUGUCAUAAGGAUGCAAAAACACAGCAGCAACUGCAUUUAAAUUAUGUGCUAUUUCGUCAUUGUUCUGUAAAAAAAAAAAGGAAGUCAUGAGCUGCUGUUGCAGCUUCACCUCAGUCGUGGUGAAAGUUGUCUUUACUCGCAAGAUGCAAGUGGUAUUUGCCAAAGACAAUGGACAAUCUAGACCUGUUUAUUACCCGCAGAACUGUAGAAAAGAGGCUGUGUAGGUUUUUUGUGUUUUUUUUUUCCAUUCCGUCUUCCAGUUUUAGUUGCUCAGGAGUUGAUCGAAAAAAUUGUAAUUUGCGAGUGUAAACUCUGUGCUACCUACCUUUGGAAACUUGGUUUCUUCAGGUUGUCUUGGAAUUUUGUUGCCAUUUGUAAAAAAAAAAGGAAUCUUCUUUGACGUAGCAAAUGGCAGAGGUAACCGGCACCUGCCAAUUUAUUCGAUUUUGUCGUUAGUAUUAUUUUGGGGGGCACACAUACAUUUCAACCGCACUCAUCUCUAUGUGCCUGAAUUUAACGACAGGAAGCGUUUCUCAUAGAAAUGGGAAAGCUUCGUUGGCAGUUUAACUGCAACAGGGGCCUCGGCAGGAUGUCGUAAUUGUUUGACUCGAGAUAUUUACCAGUAGCUGUAUGCGAAGCUGGAGCAACAGUUGUAUCAGUUCCCCAUCUGCCUGGCUGGACGUUGGCUAUGUGCACUUUGAAAUGUAUUUUGCUUCCUUUCUUGCUGGUACAGCUACCAUACGACAAGGAUUGAACAGUUAAAUUAGUGUAAGCCACGACACAGAGGAAAGCUUGAGACGAGGGGAUUAACCUACUCGGGCUUGCCUCAGUGUCAGAAGAUGUCAGCUUGCUGCAGAAGCAUGCAGGCCACAUGGCAUGUGGCCAGAGUCGACUCUGAGUCACGAUCAUACUGAUGGUGCUCUGUGGAGUUCGUAGAACGAGAAGGAAUUAUGUCUUCAUUGUCGACAACUCCAAAUGCCCCAGUUUGGUAAGAGCACUCAGUGGACGUUGACGAGUCCUUGCAUUUCAAGUCGUCAGCAGUGUGUCUUCUUCAGUUGACAAACGGGCAGGGAAUGUUGUAAGGCACAAAAAAAUUUCAUUUGCUGUGCUGUGUCUAUGGCAAAUAUAUCUACGAAGUCGUAGCACAUUUGCUUUUGUCUUAACAGAAAUGGCUCCCCGACAAGAAGACAUCAGAUGUACAAAAUAUGUUGUUGAUCUAGCGAGGAAACUGGUUUUAUUUUGACCAGUGGACGACAGAUUCGGCUACUGCAGUUUCUGUCUCUGCGAUAAUGUAUGGCUGCAAUACAUUUCGGAACAAUCAUAUUUCGCGACAUUACAAUAAAAACAUUUUCAUUGUGUUAUUGAACUGAUUACGAAGCCUAGCAGCAGCUCUAGCAACACGCAAAGUGGCUUUUAUACAUCUGACAAAAGCUGCGCAAUUUGUUUUGGGGGAAAGAAAUGUACUAGUGAGGGCUCAUGCAGUCUAAUUGGGCUUGCAAGGGUUAUAUCCUUGAUUAUGCGACAUUGUGGCAUGUACAGUACGAAGCUGACGAUGUUGCGUAAAGUGCUAUAUGCCCUUUUCUUCUGCACCUUUUGUUUAUAGCAUCUUCAUCACUUUGACCUCAUGGUGUUGUGAAUAGAAAAUGUGAAAUCUGCAAGCUAAAUCUUUCUCUUUUUUGUUUUGAAUUUUUACUAUAAGCUAAAGUUUUGACGAGGUUUGUCAUAGCUUUGUAAUGAACUCGCCGGUUACUCUGCAAUGUUACUUUGCUUCUUAUGCGAGCAUUGUUCAUUUGAAAUCAUUUGAUGCUAUGCCCUUUAGGUUCCCUGCUCCCUCACUGUCGUCGGCACCAAGCAGCGUGAUGUAAUUAUUUAUAUGGAGCUGUAUCUACAAGAUUUAUAGAAGAGAGAGAGAAGCUCUGUGGCCUCUGUGAGUGCAAGCGACACACUGGUAGUGUGUUGUCCAGCUACUGACGUAGCCAUGAGCUCAGCUGAUGUGCCUGAUUUUUACAUCAAUAAAAAAAUGGAAUACUGUGUA